AAAAAAAACUGCUGCUGCACUACCGUCGCAGACGGAUGACGCACUCACUGGAAGAUGGAGAGAACACACAUGUCAGCUUUUGCCUUGUAUCAGACUUUGCCGACUCCCGCUGCUAAGACGCCUCCACCACAGGUCGAAGCAAAGAAGAAGAAGAAGAAGAAAAAGUACAAUGAGCCUGAACCUGCUAAUGUGAAAGUAUUUAAACCUAAAAUGAAAGCUGAUAAGAACAUGAAAAAGAAGCAGCUUCACAAAAAGUCUCCCCAGAAAGAGAAGAGUCUUAAGAAAAAUACAGACGCAUCUAAGGAGAAGUGUGCCAAUGUAAAUGGUGAAUCUCUAGAAGAUGUGCUGAGCAGCCUGGCAAAGGUCAACAACAGCAGGGAGAGAGCGAGCGAGCUGUUCCAGUGGCUCAUCAGCCCCGUUCCUGCCACGUCCUUUUUCAGGGAAACAUGGGAAAAGAAGCCCAUCUUUGUCCAGCGCAAGAAUCCACAUUACUACCAGGGGCUGUUCUCCACAGCCGAGUUUGAUCGCAUACUGAGAGAGGAGAAUGUUCAGUUUGGGGUGAACCUGGACGUCACAAGCUACACUAAUGGCAAGAGAGAAACGCACAAUCCUCCAGGGAGAGCUCUGCCAUUCACUGUGUGGGAUUUCUACGAGAGCGGCUGCUCCCUCCGCAUGCUGAAUCCUCAGGCUUUCUCCUCUACAGUGUGGAACGUGCUGUCCAUCCUCCAGGAACAGUUUGGCAGCAUGGCAGGAGCUAACGUAUACCUGACCCCGCCCGGGACACAGGGCUUUGCGCCGCAUUACGACGACAUUGAGGCGUUUGUGGUUCAGCUGGAGGGGAAGAAACACUGGCGAGUGUAUAACCCAAGAUCAGAAGAAGAGGUCUUGCCCGUGCUUUCGAGUCCGAACUUCAACCAGGCGGAUAUCGGGAAGCCCAUCCUGGACGUGGUGGUAGAAGCCGGGGACCUCCUCUACUUCCCUCGAGGCUUCAUCCAUCAGGGCGACUGUCUGCCCGACGCACACUCCCUGCACAUCACCAUCUCCUCCUACCAGAAGAACAGCUGGGGAGAUCUGCUGCUGAAGGUGGUCCCAGCAGCACUGGAGAUCGCAAUGGAGGAGGACGUGGACUUCAGAAGGGGUUUACCGCUGGAUUACCUGACAUAUAUGGGAGUGCAGAACUCCGACAAGAACGACCCACGCAGGGAUAAGUUCUUCUCAAACAUCGGGAGCCUGAUGAAGAGGCUGACAAAUUUCGCUCCAGUGGAUGCCGCGGUGGAUCAGAAAGCCAGAGAGUUCCUCCAUGAUUGCCUCCCUCCCGUGCUCUCUCCGGAGGAAUUGGCCAGCAGCGUGCAAGGUGCUCCAGCGAGGUGGGCUGGUGGACAAGUUAAGGGCACGGGAGUGCACAUCACCACCAAAACACAAGUCAGACUUCUACGUGCUGGAUGCGCCAGGUUAUGCAGUGACGGAGGCGUUAUCGAGCUUUACUACACCUCAGAAAACUCCAGGGUUUACCACAAAGAGGAGCCCAAGAGUUUUGAAGUGAAAGCAGAGCACACGGAUGCCAUCGAGUUUCUGAUCCAUUCAUAUCCCAGCUUCGUGACGGUAGAAAGGCUGCCGUGUGAUUCCGUGCCGGACAGAAUUGAGUUGGCUGAACAGCUUUUUGAGAAGGGGAUCAUCCACACUGCACAGCCUCUAUAGUGGUCCCAGAUUCUUCAGUCGUGCAGACCGCAUUCAAAUGAUCUUCCUACAAAAUAAGAUCCUUCGUGCGAAACCCUUUUGCACUAAGUUGUCUUCAUUACUGAAACUUCACAAUUCAUUUAUGAAUUUUGCAAGAGCAGCUUCAAAUAAAUCAUGUUAUAUCCAACCAAAAUCA